UCGCUUUCCCUUGAUUGAUCUUGAGUUUUUCGCGCUCGUUUAUUCGCCUUUGGAGCUGUUUCUAAGAUGCUGCCCGGCCAUCUCGCCACCGCUCUGGUGGCUUUGUUGGCGCAGAGCCAGGAAGCCACAGCCCUGGUUAUCGACACUUUUAGUAACUCUGCAUCUAACGAUCUUGGAUUCUGGCAUGGUGCGGACGAGGGGAUGACCUUGAACUGGGGCAACCAGCAGCUAGAGGUCUCUUCGCCAGAUUCGGACUACUCUUUUUAUACCCAAGUUUCCGCUACGUGUGAAGACUUGACUGAGGACAACGGCUCCUACCUUCAUAUCCAAUACAGCGGUAGCACCAAGUUCACCGUUUCGCUUCAGCAGCAUAACUCCGAAUGUAACGAAGCGAUUGCUCCCUACCCCGAAACAUGGGACUCUCUCGAAGCGGCUCGGUAUGCGCAGAAUAACGACAUCUAUAUGCCUAUAUCACACUUCAAUAUCGACAAGACCCGCGUUCUCGGAGUUGCAUUAAAGGCAUGGUAUACUACAGAGCCUACUACUUUCUCGAAGGUCGAGAUCGUCCCCUCCGUGCCUGACGGCUUUCCUAUCCCCGUUAAGGAGCCAUCAGGAAGUCUCUACUUCGCUUGCAAGCGCCCUAACUCGUUUGCCUUUGGCAUCGAUGAUGGAGACCCGGUCUUCGCCCAGGAGGUUAUGCAGAUUAUUAAGGAAGAGGAUAUUAAGGUGACCUUCUUUACCGUCGGUGCCCCACUCCGGGAUCCUUCUACCAACCUCAGCAACGUCUAUAACGAGAUGCUAUCCCAAGGGCACCAGGUCGCCCUUCAUUCCUAUACCCACCCGAAGAUGGAGGGACUACCCGACUACGAGGCCAUCGACUACGAGUACAACGAGGAUAUCGCCGCCGUCGCUGAGCAACUGAACGGCCUACGUACCUCGUACUUUCGCCCACCCUACGGAAACGAGGGCGCUCGUAUGCGCCAGCGACUCGCCGCCGCCACGGGAACGGACGACCCGUCCAUUAUUAACUGGAGUAUCGAUAUCGAGGACUGGCUGUGGGCAGAGGGACCGACGCCGGAGAAGCAGCUCGAGGCGUUCCAGCGGGACAUUAGCAAGGGCGGGAACUUAGUCGUUAUGCAUUAUCUGUACCCGAGCACCGUGUCGUAUAUAAGGCAGUUUAUCCAGAUUGCCAAGGCGACUGGUAAACAGAUAAUGAGGGUCGAUCAGUGUAUGGAGGACCCAGGCGCGCCCCCGUUGUAAUCGGCUAGUUUAGCACCGGAUAGAUAGUGUAGAAGAUGAAAGAAUCCAUUACCAUGGUUCCGCUUACUUCGAUAGUAUAUCCCAUGGCAGGAUUUAUCACCCCAAACCAUUGUUAACUUCAUCUGGCUUACUAGCUAGAUCUCCUUUCCUAGAUAAUGGGAAUCG